AUGUGUCAGUCUCCAUUCCUUUCUUUUUCAGGAUUCAGCUUUUAUAUUGCACAUGAGUUUUUUGAUGUACUUCCAAUACACAAGUUUCAGAAAACAAAGCACGGCUGGCGUGAAAUAUUGAUUGACAUUGAACCCAACUCCACUGGAAAACUUCGGUUUGUUCUAGCACCUCAUGCCACUUUGGCUUCCAAAACAUUAAUUCAGAGAGAUGAUGAAAGAGACCAUAUAGAGAUAUGUCCUGAGGCUGGUAUCAUUGUUCAGAAUCUGGCCAGCCGAAUCACUGAAGAUGGGGGAGCAGCACUAAUAGCAGAUUAUGGCCAUAAUGGAACAAAAACUGACACAUUUAGAGGUUUUCGUGGACAUCAGCUACAUGAUGUGCUCACAGCACCUGGAACUGCAGACCUGACUGCAGAUGUUGAUUUCAGCUACCUUCGGCAAAUGACAAAGGGUAAAGUGACCUCACUAGGACCAAUUCCACAGCAUGAGUUUUUGAAGAAUAUGGGCAUUGAUGUGAGACUUCAGGUACUGCUCAGGAAUGCAUCUGACCCAGCCACACACACAGAUUUAAUUGAUUCCUAUGAUAUGAUAAUGAAUCCUGAGAAAAUGGGGAAUCGAUUCAAGUUUUUUGCUUUGUUGCCUUGUAAUAGAUUAAUUUCAAGCCAAGAUACAAAGGGCAUGAAACGUGGUCCAAUGGCAUCACCUGUUGCAGGAUUCAGUGAACUGCAGUUGUAAAGAAAGACAUUAGUAUCACCUUGCUGGAAAGAAAAGUAUCAGAUUUUGGCUUGGUAUCAUUAUUUGUAACAUCAAAAACAGACACAAUUUGUACAUAUGCCUGUGGAAAAGCACAACUUAACAACUAGAGAAUGAAAGGGAAACUACUUCAUACUAUGUAAAUUCAAGACUCAAGCUUCAUAAAUUAAAUUAUUUUCCAAUAA